CUCUGUCGUCAUACGUGCGCGCCGCCGCCGUCGCUCGCGGGGCGAAGCUGGAAAGCUGUCAUGGCGAGCUCAGCAGCCUCCUCGGUACGACCGCCGAGGCCGAAGAAAGAGCCGCAGGCGCUCAUCAUCCCCAAGAAUGCGGCAGAGGAGCAGAGGCUCAAGCUGGAGCGGCUCAUGAAGAACCCGGACAAAGCAGUUCCAAUUCCAGAAAAAAUGAGUGAAUGGGCACCUCGACCGCCCCCAGAAUUUGUCCGAGAUGUAAUGGGUUCAAGUGCUGGGGCCGGCAGUGGAGAGUUCCAUGUGUACAGGCAUUUGCGCCGGAGAGAAUACCAGCGCCAGGACUACAUGGAUGCCAUGGCUGAAAAGCAAAAAUUGGAUGCAGAGUUCCAGAAGAGACUGGAAAAGAAUAAAAUUGCUGCGGAGGAGCAGACUGCAAAGCGGCGGAAGAAGCGCCAGAAGUUGAAAGAGAAGAAAUUAUUGGCAAAGAAGAUGAAACUUGAUCAGAAGAAACAAGAAGAAGGAUCCAGCCAGCCCUGGGAGCAGCAGUCUAGUAGCUCUGAGGAGGCGUCUGGAACGGAGGAGGAGGAAGAGGAAGACGAGCCCAGCUUCAUCAUGGGGCGAUGACCAAGUCUGCCGCCGCAGCUGUCCAGCACCUGGCUCGUGCUGUGCGCAGAGGGAAAGGAGGCCCUGUUUGGCUCAGCUUCCCUCCCAAGGACCCCUGGAUAGAGAACAAAUGGGACCCUUCUGAGCCGCUCGAAGUCCUGCCUGUGAGCAGGACUUGGAGCCUGUGGAUGACGCGGCGCUCCUGGACACUCGAGGGCACCGCCUGCCGGAGCUCAUCCACGCGCCUGCUGAAAGGGGACAGUGCCUGACCUGCUGCUAGCUGGUGCCUGUCCUCGCAUAUUUCAGCGGUGAUGAGUUUGGGGCUGGUUUCUGUGAAGGGAACAUUUACUUAGUAAAGAACAGAAAACCUUUA